AUGGUGCAGUGGCUUUGUAUAGUUUUGAACCCAGAUCGCGAAAUAUUUAGUGGUUGGAGGAGGGACAAGUGCCUGAAAAGUGGACUCGGGAAUAUAUGUGCUGAGGUUGGAAUUCUCCAGUUUUACUACAACAACAGGAAAAUUGUCAAAUGCGGAAUGUAUAAACAAAACAAACAUCAUUAUGCGUCGGGGAAAUUUUUCUUGAUUUCAGAUCACAAGAUGCCAUUGAAGAAUAUAUUCGUAAUUUUCCGCUUCGUUAUUUUUACCACCAGUCUCUCUCAAAAUAAAGUUCAAAACAAAAUUCUCCAACAGUAUAUAAAAGAAAUAACAUCAACAAAUCAACAACGAACACUCAUAUUAAUCUACAAUAACGUGAACACAUUUCACAGUUUUUCAUCGAAAUUCUACGAUCUGGAAUUGCCUUUAUACAACAUUUAUCUGGCACAAUUGAGCAAGUUCAAUGGUAAAUAUGACGAGAAAUACGACAUUGGUGUUACUUACGAGGAAAGUAAGUUAUACUUUGUGGUUUUAAGCAAUUUAAAACAGCUUUACUCUGACUUGCUUUUGAUACGGAAAAUUUACUUCUGGAGAGAUAGAGAUAAAAUCGUUGUUUUGAUUAAUGAAAAAUUCCAAGAAGAGGAAGCGAAAGCGACUUUUCGACACUGUUUUCAGUUUUACAUAAUUAACAUCGUCUUCAUGUUCCUGAAAGAUAGCGUAUCCUUCACUUAUAAUCCUUUCAGUGGGAAUUUUCUCAGUCCGGACAAACCGGAGCAUUUUUUCCCGGACAAAUUCCAAAAUUUAUAUGGCUACAACUUAAAAAUAUCAAUGUUUCCGAGUGUUGUUAAUAUUUUUAGAAAUAACACUUAUCAAGGUCGUGAUGGUGUAAUGUCACGUAUUAUCGCUCAUCACCUUAAUGCAACUUACACCUAUCUCUACCCUCGCAUCACCCCUCUCGCUCCUGUUUUAAACCAAUAUGAUGAUGUGGCUGAAAGAAUUGCCGAAGUGGGUUUCAAUACUCGUUAUAUAAAGUUUAAUUUUAAAAAUUUGAUCGAGAAAACCUACCCUCAUGAUCGCGACGAUUUGGCUUGUUUGAUACCAAAAGAAUACGUGCAAGAAAUCUCCCUACUCCGAACCAGCGUUUGGGGUUUGUCAUUGGUGGCUUCUGGAGUCUUUUUCUUUUACGUUCUGAUUACGAAUCGACGUUUCGACGUGAUUAAUGUUUUAAUGACGAUUCUCUUGCUUUUGUUCAACAAAUCCAUCAAAGAAAGCCGAAAUUUCAAUUUCCGUCUAGCUUUAAUUUCCUAUUUGACAUUCUGCGCUUUCCUCAAUACUUUGAUAGUAUGUCGACUCGCCAGUGUUAUGACUGCACCCAAAUACUUCGCCGGCAUUGAAACCGUGAAAGAGUUAGCAGAGACCAACCACCAAAUCCUGACAAUCGACAGAUUUCAAGAAUUGCUAAACGCCUCUUUAAUAUCAUCGCUGCGUUUCAAAAUUCUGCAGCGGCUCACUAUCAUAAAAGAAGAGCAAUAUUUGGAUGAAAUAAACAAACACAGGAAGGUUGCGUUUAUAUGCAAAGACCAUUUGGCAAAUUACGCUCAAAUUCAAAAAGAGAAUUAUCCUAAUGGCAUUCAAUUUUAUCGAGUCAUGAAAGAAAGGAUUUUGCCAGCCCUCAGUUGCUACAUUGUUAGCUAUGGCUCACCGUUUUUAACCAGAUUUGACAGCUUAAUUCAGAGAAUUGUCGAAUCGGGGAUACACGACUAUUGGAAAACGAAAACUUGGGAGAAAUUGGAAAUUCAUCACCAAUUUCAAACUAAUCAAGAUAAUUAUAAAGGGAGAGUUGCUGAGGCUAGCCUCCAAAUUAUCCAAAAAAUACUCGUUUACGGACUGGGAACCGCUUCUCUUGUGUUUCUUUUAGAAUUACUGUCAACAGUCACAAUUUUCGAACAAAUGCUCUAUUUUAUUCAUGCGUUAUAUCAUGGAGUUAUAUAA